GGCGCGAGCGCGCGGCCGUCCGCAGUGCGCGCCCGCCCCGGUCCGACACUCGACGUCGGCUCGUCAACGACUACACACCGCUAAACGUAACGACCAUUAUUUUAAACGAACACGAGCACGACAUAAGCCGUCACAAUGUUUAAAAGUCAUUUAGAAAUGAUCGGCAGAAAUGAGACGCCGUCGAAGAAAGCCAGAUUUUGGCAAUCUUUCGUACGGUCUCUAAAAGGAUCAGAAGACAUCAGAGCGGAAGAGAGAUACAGGCCGUCCCGUCGCAGCGUUUUCCCCGAACUCCUGUCCACCUAUCCUUACUCCAAAUCCAUCUAUGACGACCCUAUCGCCGCUGCGGAGAGGAUCACCGUGCCCGGCUACCGCUACCUGCCCGUGCACCGCGAGGUAUACGGGUAUUCGCCGCGUCCCAUCUACGCCCACAACUACCCCAGCUCCCUCGAUCGGUACAGGCCAGUAUACCACGUGCCGAGGCGUAUCCGUCGUGGCGUUGACCCCUUCGAUGCUCACAAGGCGUGGCAGGACCAUCUUGACAGGAUGGCCGCGAUCGACCGCCUGUAUCCCUCCCGCUACGGCCUCUAUCUCAAGGACCGGGCGUACCCUAUCACCGACCUAACCGCUCCCAUCGUCGACCCACUCUCAUCCAAGAGCCUAAAAGGCAUCGAAUAUGAACCCGACAAUAAACCACACUGGGGAAAAGGAUCUUGGCCGUCGAGGAUAUCGGACGCCUUCAAAAAGGAUCCAUUUUUCGCUGAAGCCGAAAAGUGGGCAGACUUUGACCGCGGACUCCGAGGCAAAUCCCCGACGCCAGUCAAGCCGAGGAUAAGCCAGCCUCGUGAUAGUGAGGUCGCUUUUGAUGCCGAUGGUGCUCCGUUGUACAACGCCGGCGGUCUGCGGCGCCCAUGGGCAGACAUUUUCAACCCGAGCCCCUCGCUGCCGAUCUCAGCGAUAACUCGGGACCCCUUCUGGUAUGAUUGGCCGUUGCUGAAGCCGCUCGCCAGAUGGGACCGCAGCCCCUCAUACAUCCGCGACUCCUACCUGUCGCCAGUCAAACGCACCUUCCUCUGGGACAAGCAUCCGAUCAGGCCCUUAGCCGCUGCCUUCUAAAGGACCUGUCAUCGCACACGGUAUUACCUAAGUUACGUAUUUACACCUUCAAUAAAAUAUUCUUUGACUAUGUAAAAUAAUAAAGCCACAGAUAAAUGCUUCUACGAAUAUGGAUAUGAAGAUAUCCGAGAAUAUCCGCUUCGGUGAAUAUCGCAAAGACUGUGUGACAUAGUCACUGCCACAAACAACUUUGUUAUAAAAUAAAUUGUUUUAUUACUUACUUAUAAACAUUUUUAUGUAUACA